CUUGUAGUCUGUUAACGAGUCCUUGUUCUUUGAGCGUCUGUACCGUCUACGAAAAUAGGAAAUCUUGCCAUCGGUGGUCCUUCUAUGAUCCAGAUUCUAGCCACGCCCUUUGUUUGUCACCAAAAACCGGACUUAAGAUGUUAUCAUCUGUGCCUAUAAAUGUCACACCUUGAAUAAAAGCCUCCAUCAACCUUUAUCUCAACCAUCUAUAUGUCACCGCAGCCACUCACUGCUGAAGCCCUGGAGGCUCACAACUUUCGAUAUGCAGUUCAAUCCGCACUUCAAAGCUACGAGAAACAAGUCACCCAAUGGAAAGAAUGCGGAUCGUCAAAGACAGACAUUGUAACUAUCCGUUGCGACGGCUGUAAACAUCGUUUCCAGGCACCAGAAAUAAUGAAGAUGAAUUUACUAUGCCCUAGUUGCAUGUGCCAUGAGGCGGAUUCUUUGAUGAAUACACGGAUGAAAAACUCGCGUGAUGAAAACGACUAUUCGCCUUGGCAUAGCACUUGCCCUUGCAAGCGACCCCUGCGCUCCUUUGUUCUUUGCACUUGCACGUCACCUUGCCUAAAUGACCCUUAUUUGAGGGCCGAAGGAUACGAUCGAUUAAUUGCUAAAUAUCACAAAGCCCUGAGCCUUCUCGAGGACUCCCGAUAUCAGCUCUAUUGUUUCCUCUCUUUUCAGCCACUUCCCGAAAGACAUGAGAAAUAUUUAUCGUCCGGAAACGAGUCGUUCAUCGAGAAGCAGUGGCCGGGUCUUCCUGAUUCGGUCAACAUGGAAGCGACGGAGAUUAGUUGGGAUGACUACCAGUUCAUGCAGAGAGCCCUUCGAAAUGUGAUUGGGGAACUGUAUACUUUGGAGCAAAUGAAGUUCAAAGCUAUUUCGCAGACGUUUAUGAGACACUUUCCAAAGGAAUUACAACGAUCCUUUGGUAAUGACGCUCUGAUUCCUAGCCCGCUUUUGAACCAUCGAGACAUGGCUCUAAGUAUAUGGACACGAUCUCGAAACGAAGGAGACUGGUGGUGUUCUGCGAAGAAUAAAUAUCUUUCACCUCCGGACAGUUUCAGGGAGUAUUGCGACCGUGAACAUCCUGAACCAACCGAAAACUGGUAUUUCGAGAUUUGGGUCUGCUUUCCCGUAUCCAGUAAGAAUCCACGUUUACUAAAACAAUCGAACAGCGUCGAUACAAGGAUUUUGAAGGUAGCCAAGACGUAGCGCAGGGGCGUGCGCCAUUAUUGUUGGUCACGAAUGGUGGCUCUCAGACAAGCGAAGAAGUAACGCUCCCCAGUAAACGCACAAAGAGGCCCCGCAAGCGCCAACGAUUGCCAUCACAGACGACUACAAUUACAAAAAUGAUCCUCGAUAUUUUAUGA